GAUGAUGGUACGAUGACAUGCAUGUCAUGUAAACAAUGUUAUUUGCUUGUUUCAAGUUAUUAUUUUGAAAGGUCCAAAAGGUCAUAUCAGCGACAAGUCAUCGAAAUACUUCACUACGGACUGUCUGUGAUCUUAAAACCCCAGCAUGGUGCAAAUCAUCGUCUCAAGUGCCCUAGGUGACAGCCCUGCUGAGUGGUUGCUGCUGGAACUCCAGGGGGAGGUGGUGUCACGUCACAACACCAGUAUGGCAGGGAGCAUCAUGGGAGACUUGCACUAUACCAAAGAGGGCGUUCCCAUCCUCAUCGUGGGCCAUCAUAUCCUCUAUGGGAAGCAGGUGAAGCUGGAGAAACCCUUCGCUGUCCUGAUGAAACGCUCCGGCCUUCCGCAGGGCGGGGAGGUUGCCAUGGAGACCAAUCAGGACAGGCCUACCACGUACACCGUCACCGCCCUCAUCAAGAAGAAGCUGAUCUUCAAGACUCGACCCAAACCCAUUAUUACCAAUGUGCCUAAGAAAGUGUAGCGUAUGGCCUCGGCCAGACAGAGACUGUGGACUCAGGGGAGUCCCAACAAGGUCAGAGGCUGGUGGGUGAACGUUAGAUCUCUGCCAGAUUGUCAGUCUGGACACUUUGGCAGUGCUCUUGACAUCGACCUAGAUGAAGAUGGAUCAAGCAUGAGAUUUCUCCAGUAGCUCCAUUGAGGUCUUCCAUUGUGUGAUUUUUCAGCUGCCCAUACAAGAGAAUGCAAAGUAAAGAGAUGGCCAUGAAAAGCAAUUUUACUACUGGAGGGAGGGGGUGGGGGUGAAAAGCCCUUGAGCAGUAGGAACAGAUUGUUUAAAGCAGCUGAAUUCAGAUAAUAUUUAUUGUUCUUAAAAACAAUGCUUUACAGAUAUCAUAUUGUCUGAAAAAAUAAACACCGUUUGAAUUAAAA